UGUUUAGGACUAGCUUUGUCCGCUUAGUUUUCGCCUUGCCUCGCCUACUUUAUCUCUCUCUCUCUCUCUCUCUCUCUCUCUCUCUCUCUGUCUCCAAUUAUUUUGUCUUUAUUCCCUUUAAACAUCAACUCUUUAAACGUAAACUAGUCUGGUUUUGAGUCUGAGCUAAAGCUUAAACCAUAAUAUCUAUGAACCAGACACUUGAAAUGAGCAUCUUGCACCUCACAAGCUCCUGUCUUGAGUAUUAAUAAUAACCCAAUGCUUCAUUUCUUGAAUCUUGAGUUUGUGUUGUAGGUUGGAUUGAGGGGGGCGGGGUGUGUCUUUCUAAAUGGAUUUUGGGGUGGUGGGUUUGGAAGGGUUUGUGGGUUCAGAUACUGCAACCACUACUACUACUACGACGACGACUGCUGGUUUUACCAGUCUUGCUGCAGAUCCUGAGGCAAAGCAGAAAUGGUACGGUUCCGGGUUCCUCAAGCAAGAGAGAUCCGGCAAUAAUGAGGACGACUGGAGGAGUUUGAAACUGGCCAAAUUUGAUGAUUUUUCGACCUCCAAGGCAGCGUUGCACAACCACAGAAAUACUUUACUUAGAUCCAAUUUCUCUAUCUUCUCUGACGGACAACACCAGCAACAACAAAUGCUGAGCUUUUCUGCUCCCAAAUCAGACGCUCUUUCCGUUGAUACAGCCUCUCAAAGUGUCGCAUUCCCUUACUUUCAACUCACAUCACCUGCUUACACUAGAAACACAGGCUACAACACUGGAGGAUUUAAUGGUGCAAACAUGCAUGGGGUGUUAGCAGGAGGUAGAGGACCAUUCACCCCAUCUCAAUGGAUGGAGCUGGAACACCAGGCUUUGAUCUACAAAUACAUAACUUCAAAUGUGCUUAUCCCAUCUAAUCUUCUCAUUCCUAUAAGAAAAUCCCUUGAUUCUGCUAAUUUCUCUUUGUUCUCCGGUGGACUCCUCAGACCCAAUACAUUGGGUUGGGGGGCUUUUCAUCUUGGGUUCUCGAAUAACACUGACCCAGAGCCAGGGCGGUGUCGUAGAACAGAUGGAAAGAAAUGGCGGUGUUCAAGAGAUGCGGUUGCCGACCAGAAGUACUGCGAGCGGCAUAUGAACAGGGGACGCCAUCGUUCAAGAAAGCCUGUGGAAGGCCAAUCCGGCCAUUCCGCCGCAGCCAUCGCCCCCACCAAACUGAUGCCUACUGUCUCCUCUUCAGCAUCAGUGUUAGGGCCAACCGGUGGCAGCGGCGAAUCCAACAGCCUCGCCAUUGCACAACAGCAGUUCAAGCAUUCGCAGCCUGCUACUGCAUCUAAUCUUUCUGCGGCAGCUACACUGAACAGGUUGCUUCUGAGUAAAGACACAGUGGGUGAUACUGCACCAGGACUCACCAUGACAUCCGUGACCGGUGACUUAAAAUCAAAAGAAAACCCUUUCUUGAUCCCAAAGCAGCAGAACUCAUAUGAACAUCACUCAAGAACUGAGUUUGGACUUGUUUCCUCUGACUCACUCCUUAACCCUUCUCAUAAAAGCUCUGCCUUGAUUAAGUGCAGAAACUUUACUAGUCAAGAAACUGAAUCUCAGCAUUCCCUUCGCCAGUUCAUGGACGAGUGUUCUAAAACCCAGUCUGAUCGUUCAGCCAUUUCCUGGCCAGAAAUUGAUGUUCAAUCAGAUAGGACCCAACUCUCCAUAUCAGUACCCAUGGCUGCCUCUGAUUACAUUUCUUUUACUUCCUCUACUAACAAUGAUAAAGUAACACUAUCCCCUCUCAGAUUGUCACGUGAGUUCGAUCCCAUUCACAUGGGAUUGGGUGUGGGCAGUGUUAUUAAUGACUCAAACCAGAGGCAAGCAAAUUGGAUUCCUAUCUCUUGGGAGGCAUCCAUGGGUGGUCCUCUUGGCGAGGUAUUGCAUAGUACUAACAGCAGCACAGGUGAGUGUAAGAGCUCGUCGGCACUUAACCUCAUGACAGAGGGCUGGGAUAGUAGUCCUCGGUUAGGAUCAUCACCUACCGGUGUCUUACAAAAGACUUCCUUCGGUUCUCUUUCUAAUAGCAGUGCGGGAAGCAGUCCAACAGCUGAGCACAACAAGACACAUGAAGGUGCUAGUCUUUGCAAUAACCUCCUUGGUUCAGCCCUUGUUCAGUCUUCCUCUCUGCCUGCUUCUUGAAUCCACUUCACUAGGUUGUGGGAGGAGAAAAAUGGAGAAAUGGAAGCAUGGAUUUUUAUAUCUAUUGACAAACAUGGAACAAUUAAUUAUGAAAGCAAUAUUAUUAUGUUUAUCUUUUUUUACAUUUUGUAAUUUGUACUUUCUAGCCAUGCUUUGUUCCUAGAAAUUAGAGAUUAAACGCAGUUUGUCUAAAAUUGUGGUUUGAAACUUCAAAAUUUUUUAUUUUCAGCGUUACAUGCAAUGUGUGGUACGACUUGUUUUGGCAA